AUGGGUGACGAGAUAACCACUGACACGCCCCCGGGGCUUCUCUAUCCGGCCAUCCCCAGUCGGACCCAAUCCCACUUCUCUUAUCGCACGUGCCCGCCGCCUGGACAUGGAGUAGAAAACUCAACUCGAGCCACUAGAGAAACUGGAAAGCCAUACAACUGGAAAGGACGAAAACCAAGCGAACCGACUGAGGCCCACACAAAAAACGCACAUACACACAGGCGCAAGCAAAAGGACUCGUCUAUCGAUAGCCCAUUGGCUGGGCUCCACUCCAAACUGGCCCAUCAAUUUUGGUUCUCCUACCCGCCACCGGGCGCUGGCGGCGGUUCCUCAACCAGUUCAUAUUGUAAACGCAUAAGGAAUAAAGCAUAACAAACACAAAAUAUGAACAAAAAUUAAAAAAGAAAAAUAACAAUUAUA